UUUCCGUCGCCGUCUCUGUUGAUAACGCUCCAUUCGUGAACUGAUAACUGAUAAUGCAAGGAGCACUUGUUAGUUGUUAGGCGUAGUGAAAAUGUGUCUCAUUACUUAAAACUUUUAUCUAUGCAUAACUCAUUAAAUUUCGCGCUACAGUCAAUCUCAAUGUACGCCUGUUCGAGCCUGUAAACCUCAAAUUCGAUCAAUUAUCUCUUGCCCUAUACAUAACAUCACACCUGAGUCAUGGUAGAGUUAACCGUUGUAUAGGUUUUUUCUACGCGCUAUUACUUCGUUGAACGCAACCAUCGUCUGUUUUUCAUUCUAAAAACAAAAACCUCAUAUCCGAAAUACCGACAGUAUGGCCGUGUUUAAGCCUGGUUCGUCCACCGAACCCACUUCUGAAAUCGAACUGACACUGUCAUGCAGAAAUUUAUUGGACUGUGAUGUGUUUUCAAAAUCUGAUCCAAUGUGUGUUGUAUACAUGAAAACGCCAGAAACUACUAAAUGGAUUGAAAUUUGUCGUACUGAAUGUAUUAAUAAUUCUCUAAAUCCUAAUUUUGUUACAAAAGUACAUGUGUUAUAUCGUUUUGAAGUUCAGCAGUUGAUAAAAUUUGAAGUAUAUGAUGUAGAUUCAAACCUGCAUGAUUUGAAAUCUCAAGAUUUUUUGGGAUCAUGUGAAACUACUCUUGGACAUAUUGUUUCUUCUGUAACACUUACUUUACCUCUAAAAGGAGCAAAAACGAAUAACAAAGGUCAAGUGAUCGUAAAGGCAGAAGAACUCCCAGCAUGUCAUGAUGAAGUCACUUUACAUUUUAAUGGAAAAGAUUUAGUGCGAAGUGAUUGGAUUUCAAAAUUUUUUUCUUGGUUUGCAAAAGCUUAUCCAUUUUUAGAAUUAUAUAAAGUUGGCGAGGAUGGACAAUAUCAAUUAGUGUUUAGAACUGAAGUUGUUAAUUGGACAAACAAUCCUACUUGGAAACCAAUAACUUUACCGGUUCGUUCUUUAUGUGGUACUGAUUUUGAUAGAGAUAUUAAAGUAGUAUGUUAUCAUUUCAAAUACAAUGGAAAUCAUUCGUUAAUAGGAGAAUUUCAUGUUACAAUGAAUCAAUUAAAAAAAGGCCCAGGUCCAGAAAAUGAUCAUAAAUGUGUCAAACCUAAGUCAUCUAAAAUUUGUGGAAGCAUACGUCUGAAUCAUUUUGAGUUGAAGAAAACAUUCACUUUCCUUGAUUACAUAAUGAAUGGUACACAGAUAAAUUGUACAGUUGCUAUAGAUUUCACAGCAUCUAAUGGAGAUCCAAAAGAUCACAAUUCAUUACAUUAUCUUAGUAAUAGACCCAAUCAAUAUGAACAAGCAUUAGUAGCUGUGGGGGAUAUUAUUCAAGACUAUGAUAGUGAUAAAGUGUUUCCAGCUUUGGGUUUUGGUGCUCGCAUUCCACCACACGGAGAAGUGUCUCAUGAGUUUUUCUUGAAUUUACAGGCCAGUGAUCCAUACUGUGCUGGAAUUGAAGGUGUGAUCAAUGCAUACCAUCAUUGCAUUAGGAGCGUUCAGUUAUUUGGUCCAACAAAUUUUAGUCCUGUAAUCAACCAUGUUGCAAAGUUUGCCCAGGCAUAUCAAGAUGGAUCACAGUAUUUUAUUCUGCUAAUCAUUACUGAUGGUGUUAUAACAGAUAUGUUCCAUACUAAGCAGGCCAUAAUCAAUGCAUCGUCUUUGCCUAUGUCAAUUAUCAUAGUGGGGGUAGGUAAUGCAGAUUUUGAUGCGAUGGAGGAACUGGAUGCUGAUACAGUCCCAUUAGAAGUCAAUGGCGUACGUGCAACUAGAGACAUUACACAAUUUGUAUCGUUUAAAGAUUUCCAGUCAUGUGAUAAUCCAACUUUAGCUAAAGCAAAUUUAGCCCGAGAAGUGCUUGCUGAAAUACCAAAUCAGAUUGUAGGCUACAUGAAGUCUAAAAACAUUAUUCCAAAGAAUAUAAAAAAAUAAAGUAUUAAAUAUUUAUCAUAGAUAAACACGGGUCUUUAAAUUGUGUGCCACAAUAAAUUAUAUUUAUUCUAUUUCAAUUUUAAAUUAAUCGUGACAAUUAUGCAUUUGUUUUAUACUCAACUAAUUAAUAAUUUAGUCUUUUUACUCUUGUGCUAUUUGCUUACAAAAUAUUAAAUCUUAAUUAAUAUUUUUAAUAAGUCUGAAAACAAAAUACUUUUGAUUCUGUAUGUAUUUAUUCCAAGGAAAUAUUUAUAAUUGUAUUGUAUUAUUGCCAUAUAGUUAUUUAGAUAUUUUAUUACUUUUCUCAUUUUUUGUUUUUUGUUGUUGUUUUUUUUUUUAUUUUUGUUAUUCAAUUAUUGUAUUAAUUUAUUUAUUUAAUGUUCUUAUGCCGAUUGCAUAAAAAAUUGAUACAUUUCAUGGUUUUUUUAAAAGGACUAAUAAAUAAUAUUUAAAGGAUCUAUUACCACUAUACAUUAAUUAAUUAAAUGAUUAAUGAUUGUUUAUGUUAAUUAGUGUUAGGUAUUAUAUUAUAUUAAUUUUGUAUUUAAAAGAAAUUUUUUUUUUUAAUAAUAAAAUAUUAGCAAUCUAUGUACAAUUUAACUACAACCAAAAAUAAUUUUCAUGUUUAACAAUUUAAACAACAUUUGAUAUUAAAUUUAACUUAAAGUCUUAAAUAAGUACUGGAUAAUAUCUUUUAUUGUGGAUACUUUGGUUGUGUUACAUUUAAAAAUGUCAAGUAUUAGUUCUUGUGAUAAAUGGUUUUUCAAAAAUUGUAUAAAAAAUAAUUAAGUUACGUAUAACAUAAGAUUGAAAUGUUAAACUCAUAUAUUUAAUAUUAUAAGAAAAAAAUUUAACACAGAAUAAGUAUUUCAUUUUAAUGUAUUAGCCUAAAUUUCUAUCAGUUUAAACAAUAUGGAUUUAUCCAUCUUAAGCUAUAUUAAAAAUACUUAAGAUACUGGAAUUUGUGGAAAAGUUCAGGAAAUACUAUUUUUUUUUUUAACUUCGGGAUAUUUAUGAAUUAAAUUCUCACCUUUAUUAAAAAUAAUAAUCUUAAAAAAUAAACUAUGUUUGAUAUGGUUUAUUUAUAUAAAGCUAAUUUAAAUAUUAAAAAUAAAAUUACUUUUCAAAAAUGUUGUUGUAUUAUGUCUUAUUGACUUUGAAUUAUGUAAAAAAUAACUUCAAAAGUGUUAAUAAAUUUUAAAUUACUUUAAAAUUCUAGUAUACAAUAAUGCAAUUUAAUAAAAACUUCCCAUAAGAGUAUUUUGUAUGACCUAUUGUAAUUUUGUAUAAUAAUUUACUAUUUAAUCACGCUUUGUAAAAGUAAUCAAAUUUGUCAUACUUAUUAUAAUUCUUGGUUUAAAUAUUUAUUAUAUUCAUGGGACCAUUAAUAAUAAAUAUAAUCACAUUUUCAAUUUAUGAAAUACACAUAAAUAUAAGAUAAUGAUUUACAUUAUAAAUGUUUUCUCUUUUAAAACCCAUACUAUUUGGAUUGCUAAAACUAAUUGAAUCAAAGGUUGGUUAAAAAAUAUUUUUUUAUGAUACAAAUUUUUGAGCCUAAUCAAUGUACUAUUGUUAAUUUUAAUAAUUAUUACCUAUUUUUUUUUUGCUGUAUAUUAUUAAAUCUAUUGUAUCCACUGAUGAAUGCUAAUAAAGAAAACAUUAAAAAAUA